AAUUAAGGUGUUUCAAAUCAAUUGUGGCCAAAAUGCCUAUUUUAAGUAAAUUCAUAGAGCAAACAACUUUAAACUUUAAAGGUGUUACAACUCGCAGUUUUAAGCCAGGAAGAAGGUUGAAAAAGUCCCAAAUGAUGAGGCGAGUUUACAUGUUUUUCGAGUUGACUCCUAAGAAAAAGAGACAAACAAGCCGUGCAUCCAAAUCCAAUAAAUCCGUUGAGGAUCUAAUCCGUGAGGAGCAGGCUCUUUUGGACAUUGCCCAAGACGCCUUUCACAAGAAAUUAUACAUGUUGAUGUUUUCAUUUUUGUAUUAUCUUGGGUUUUGGCUGUUUUAUAAAUAUAUGCACGAAACCAAGACCGAUGAUUCCUAUGAUGCCUGAUCAACACGAGCAGUAGUCAACAAGUAGAUUUUUAGUUUUUAGUUAUGCUUAGUAGUUCAACAUGUUAGUUACGCUUUUUUUACAUUUUAUAAUAAAAUAAA